AUGUUCUUUGCUCGACAUGUGGCACAACCACGACAUCUUAAAUUUAUCACAGGAACCGCAGGAAUGCAAGUAUGUUGUGUACGAGACGAUGUUGUUCCAUACCCUUCAAAGUCAACAGUUGAUCCUGCCAAAUCAAUUUUAUCAGAUCCUCGACUAAUCAUAGAUUUUCCACCUAAUAGUUAUAAUGAAGCUUUACUUCAAGCAUAUACCGAACGAAUACAACCAAAAAAGCGUCGUGAAAGGUUACUGCCACCAAUACCUGGAUGGACUGCAAGUGGAAUGAUGAUUAUUGCAUUUGAAGACACAGAAAAUUGGCGAAAAGAAUUAGCUCAUAUUGCAGAAACUGUUGGACUAUUAACAGAAGAUGAAAUGUGUGAUAUUCAAAAUCGGAAAGAAAACAAAGAUUUGUUUCACAGUAAUAGUAGUUUACUAUUGGAUAUAACGAACAGUAAUAAUCAGCAACAGGUGCGUAAUAGUCCAAAUAAAAAUGGUAGUACAACAACACCUCCAAAAUCAGCUGGUCAAUAUAGUCGCAACACAGGACGAUGGAAUGAAACACCAAGAACAUUAAGUCGAGCAAGAACUUCAUUAUCUCGGCAACGUACAGCACUAUCGUCGUUAGUUCCAAAUCAUUUGUUUUGUGUAGAUGAAAAUGAGCGAGAAAUGUGGAUGCUUCAAGUUUUAUGCCAAAUACUUCAAACAGAAAAUCUUGCUGAUAUUCAGUCUUGGCUCGUGUCAUCAGGUCCAACAGAAAAAGAAGCUGUUCGUCAACUCAUUACAACGGCGUUGAAAGGAUUAGAAGACAACGGUCGUAUACAACCAACAGCUUACUUCGAUCAUAAUACAAAAGCCAUUCAAGUAAACAUGGAUUCAUUAUCAUCACUAGCUGCUCACAGAUUUCCACACGUUUCAUCAAAUCAAGCAUUGUCACCGUCACAAACAUGUGAAAAUGGUUCUGAAAAACAACAAAUACAACGUCCAAAAACAGCUCCUCAAUCCUGCUCUCAUGGUAGUAAAAACGAACGCGAAGUUCAAAAUCAAUCACGUUUAUUCAAAACAAAUCUAGUACCAAUUCAAGAGUCAACAAUUGAAAAUGAGGAACAAUCAUCAAAAAUACAAUGUCAGAGUUUAUCAAAAGAUCAAAAGGAAUUAUGUCCAUCAGUGAUACGAGACGAUAAGAAAGAUGUUCAGAUUUUACGAUUAGAUGAUCACGAUGAGCCUAGAAAAGCACCAUUUUGA